GGGAAAAAAAAUCCCAGCAGCGAUUGCGGCGUGAGGGCUCGCGCCUCUCGGAAAUUUUUUUUAAAAUCUAAAUUUAUAUUAUAAUUAAACCUUACCCCGUAAGUUAAGCCCGCGGGACUGGGAGGAGGAUCCGUCCGGGAGCGGUUUAGGUUUUUGAAUUCGCCGGCCUGACAUAUAUUUUCGGCUGGAUGGAUGUGUUGGCUGUGCCGCCAAGCAACGGCGCCAUUUUGUUGUGAGGGGUCGCAGCGCGCCGGCUGUUGCCGCUAGGCCGCCAUUAUUGUGGGGGGCACAAGCUAGGACUGGGUCAUGCCCAAGUCCUGUGCUGCCUAUAACUGUACUAAUAGGUACAGCAGCAAGAACAAGGAGCUCACAUUCCACAGGUUUCCCUUCAGCAAGCCAGACUUAUUAGUGCAGUGGAUGAACAAUGUUGGAAGAGCAGAGUUCAAGCCUAACCAACAUACUGUCAUUUGCUCUGAGCAUUUCAAACCAGAGUGUUUCAACACAUGGGGCAACCGAAAAAAUCUGAAGCACAAUGCUGUACCCACAGUCUUUAGCUACUCAGAGAUUAUGAAGCAAAGACAUCGAGCAAGGAAAAAGUUGAAAACAGCCGCAGAUGUGUCAAAGCCAGAAAUAAUUGAGGACAGGGUUGAGACGGUGCCCAUGGCCACAACAAGUAGAAAGCAGGAGAAGCUGCUGCAGGCAGUACCAACUAAAGUUGCUGUCUCCGACAGCAGUGCUGACCACACUUAUGCUGCCACCAACCUGGGCAUGAUGAAGAAGAGGCUGUUUACUGCCCUGGAGAAGAAUGAGAAGCUAAGGAAACGGCUGAAAGUGAAGCAGGAGGAGAUGAGGAGAAUGAUGAAGAAGUGGCAGGCGGUCAAGGACGAACUAGAGGAUCUGAGAGCCAAGAGUCUGUUGACAGCCAGUGGACUGAACCUUGCAGGCAUAGCCCAACUACAACGCUGUAUGAAUUAAAUCGCUGAUUAUUUGGAGGACAAUAAGGAGACAACCUGCAGACUCUCUGCAUAGUCCAUAAGGCAAAACUGACUGUUUCAACAUUUGAUGCAAACAAACUGCAGCUAAUUGAGUUUGAACAGUUUAAAGAAGGAAGUACACACAGUCGCCAUUGAUAUAAAAUUGAUGACAGGGAUGUAAAUCAAACAGGUCACACUACACCUUGUCUCUCCUCCCUCUGGUUGUGAUCUGCUGUUCUAUCCUCUUGAUCCCUGGAAGGUUCUCAGCAUCUGAGUUGAAAGGAAUUCUAGCCAUUGACUGUCACAGUCCAUCAUAGGUCAGGGAGAGUACCAUGAUGGUAGACAGCUUGGACUUCACUUUGUGUCAUAGGAAGCCUUGAUAUUCAAUUGCUGCUGUGCUGGUGUACCUGAAGUCCGGUUUACCUUCUUAUGUGUGAGAUGCCUUGAUACUCAAACAAUGAAUUCCUUUACUAACCUUCUGUAAUCAUCUCCUAGUUUAAGACAUGCUUAACUCUUGUCUUGUUAAUGUAUUGCAGCAAAUCCCUCAGAUGCCAAUCUUGAGCAGUGAGGCUAUCUGUACUUUGUACAUCAAUUCAGGUUACAGAUCCCAGGCAGUUUAGAUGGGCCUGUGCUUUUAUAAUUAUUGCCUCCCAUACUGCUGCUGGUAUCAGUCAUGGUGGAACACUGUUUAGAUGCUUUUAGCGGCUUUCGAACUAAACCACGUGAAGAAUAUGUUAUCUGUGUAAAUGCUGCUGAUGGGUCAGUGGACUACACACUGGUCCUUCUGUCUCUAAGAGCCCAGAAUACGAGGAUGAAAUAACCCUCUGCCUGCAAGUUGUUAAGAUUGCUGUACCCUACAGUCAGCCCACCUUGCUCAGGGGUCUGCAGCAUAAAACUAUUCCUAAUAAAGCCCUAGCUCAUA